UUCCGGGGAGGCGGUUGCAUCAGAUUCUGGGAAGCGUCAGUCGCUGCGGCCACGGGUCCGGGAUUCCCAGCGAUGGCAGGUUCCUCCGGGGAGCAGGCUGCCGACUACAGGUCCAUUCUGAGCAUUAGUGACGAGGCAGCCAGGGUGCGGGCCCUGGACGAGCACCUCAGCACGCGUAGCUAUGUCCAGGGGUACACACUCUCUCAGGCAGAUGUGGACGUGUUCAGGCAGCUCUCGGCCCUGCCCGCCGACUCGAGGCUCCUCCACGUGGCUCGGUGGUUCAGGCACAUAGAAGCGCUCCUGGGUCGCCCUUGUGACAAGGGUGAGGCCUGCGGGCCCCAAGCAAGUAAAGGCCGGCGAGUGCAGCCUAAGUGGUCUCCUCCAGCUGGGACUGAGCCCUGUAAGCUCCGUCUAUACAACAGCCUCACCCGGAACAAGGACGUGUUCAUACCUCAAGAUGGGAAAAAAGUGACCUGGUACUGCUGUGGGCCCACUGUCUAUGAUGCAUCGCACAUGGGGCAUGCCAGGUCCUACAUCUCUUUCGACAUCCUGAGAAGAGUGUUAAAGGAUUACUUUCAGUACGACGUCUUCUACUGCAUGAACAUCACAGACAUUGAUGACAAGAUCAUCAGGAGGGCCCGGCAGAAUCACUUGUUUGCACAGUAUCGGGAGCAGAAACCACCAGCCACCCAGCUCCUGGAGGAUAUUCGUGCUGCUCUGAAGCCAUUUUCAGUAAAGUUAAGUGAGACCACAGAUCCUGGCAAGAGGCAGAUGCUUGAGCGAAUCCAACACACAGUGGAGGUGGCCACAGGGCCACUUGACCAGGCCGUGCUCGCCGGCCUCUCUGAAGAGGAGAUCAACAGCCGCGCGGAGACGUUGCUGGAACAGGCAAAGGACUUGCUUUCUGACUGGCUGGACUCCACGUGUGGCAGCGAGGUGGCCGACAACUCCAUCUUCUCUCAACUGCCCAAGUUCUGGGAAGGGGAGUUCCACAGAGACAUGGAAGCUCUGAACGUUCUGCCUCCCGACGCCUUGACCCGGGUUAGCGAGUAUGUGCCAGAAAUUGUGAACUUUGUCCAGAAGAUUGUUGACAAUGGCUAUGGCUAUGCUUCAAAUGGGUCUGUCUACUUUGACACCAUGAAGUUCGCCUCUAGUGAGAAACACUCCUAUGGCAAGCUGGUGCCCGAAGCUGUUGGGGACCAGACCGCUCUCCAGGAAGGGGAGGGCGACCUGAGCGUCUCAGCUGACCGCCUGAGUGAGAAGCGCUCGCCCAACGACUUCGCCCUGUGGAAGGCCUCCAAGCCGGGAGAGCCGUCCUGGCCGUGCCCCUGGGGGAAGGGUCGUCCGGGAUGGCACAUUGAGUGCUCUGCCAUGGCAGGCACGCUCCUGGGAGCCUCGAUGGACAUUCACGGAGGGGGGUUUGACCUCCGGUUCCCCCACCACGACAACGAGCUGGCGCAGUCAGAGGCGUACUUUGAAAAUGACUGCUGGGUCAGGUACUUCCUCCACACAGGUCACCUGACAAUUGCAGGCUGCAAGAUGUCGAAAUCGCUGAAGAACUUCAUCACCAUCAAGGACGCCUUGAAGAAGCACUCGGCGCGGCAGUUGCGGCUGGCCUUCCUCAUGCACUCCUGGAAGGACACGCUGGAUUACUCCAGCAACACCAUGGAGUCGGCGCUGCAGUACGAGAAGUUCAUGAACGAGUUCUUCUUAAACGUGAAAGACGUCCUUCGAGCGCCUGUUGACAUCACGGGCCAGUUUGAAAAGUGGGAAGAUGAGGAAACAGAACUGAAUAAGAACUUUUAUGACAAGAAAAGGGCAGUUCACGAAGCCCUCUGUGACAACGUCGACACCCGCACCGUCAUGGAAGAGAUGCGAGCCUUGGUCAGUCAGUGCAACCUCUAUAUGGCGGCCCGGAAGGCUGCCCGGCGGAGGCCCAACCGGGCCCUGCUGGAGAGUGUCGCUGUGUACCUCACCCACAUGCUGAAGAUUUUCGGGGCCAUAGAAGAGGAGAGCUCCCUGGGUUUCCCAGUCGGAGGGUCUAAGACCAGCCUAAAUCUCGAGUCCACAGUCAUGCCCUACCUGCAGGUGUUGUCGGAAUUCAGAGAAGGAGUGCGCAAGAUUGCCCGGGAGGAAAAAGUCCCUGAGGUCCUGCAGCUCAGCGAUGCCCUCCGGGAUGACAUCCUGCCCGAGCUUGGGGUGCGGUUUGAAGAUCACGAAGGACUGCCAACGGUGGUGAAACUGGUGGACAGAGAGACCUUACUAAGAGAGAGGGAAGAGAAGAAAAGGGUUGAAGAGGAGAAGAGGAAGAAGAAGGAGGAGGCCGCCCGGAGGAAGCGGGAGCAGGAAGCGGCGAAGCUGGCCAGGAUGAAGAUUCCACCUGGUGAAAUGUUCCUGUCAGAAAGUGACAAAUACUCCAAGUUUGAUGAAGAUGGCCUGCCCACGCACGACACGGAGGGCAGGGAGCUGAGCAGGGGGCUCUCCAAGAGGCUGCGGAAGCUGCAUGAGGCGCAGCAGAGGCUGCACGAGGAGUACCUGCAGCUGACCCGCAACAGAAGCCCGCCCUGACGGCCGGCACUGAGGCUUCCGCCCAGGCAGCGCCCGCGCUCCUGUCCUGUGCACAGCUGUCCUCGCCCCGAGCAGAGGACUGGUUCACGUCGGUGCACGUGGCCGUCGCCCUGCAGCAUUACCAAUAAACCCUGUGAACAGUGA